CCAUAUAAAAAUUGCGGCACAGUCACACCUUCCUGUUCCAGACUGAUCAGCUUCUCCAUUGAUUACCAGACACAGCUGGCUGGACGAAUCACAUCAUGGAGCUCAGACUGUUGGUUUGUGUUGUUGUGGCUUUAGCAGUUACAGGAAGCAACGCACAGUUAGAUGUUUGUGGCCAGGCGCCGCUCAACACCAACCCCAAGAUCGUAGGGGGGCACGCUGCUGUUGAAGGCGCCUGGCCCUGGCAGGUCAGUCUGCAGUAUUCGGACCAGCAUCUGUGUGGAGGCUCCCUGAUCAACGACCAGUGGGUCCUGACUGCUGCUCAGUGUUUGAUCAGCCUGAACCCAUCCAAUUUCAAGGUUAUACUCGGACGUGAUGCAUUAAACUCCACGAGCCCUAACGAGGAGAUCCGCAUCGUGUACCGGCUCAUCAGACAUCCAGCCUAUAAUCCUAAUACAUUCAACAAUGAUGUAGGCUUGGUGCAGCUCUCUUCACCCGUUAAGUUCACCAACUACAUCAGGCCGGUGUGUCUGGCGAAGGAUGACACCACCUUUGAACCUGGGUUGAGAUGCUGGGCCACCGGAUGGGGACAUAUCAGAACUGGCAUUGAACUUCCGUACCCUCAGAGGCUGCGGCAGGUGGAUCUGCCCAUCGUGACCAACGAAGUGUGUCACGACUUCUACGGGACUGUCAGCGACAACAUGAUGUGCACCGGUACGAGCAGCGGAGGAAUGGACAUCUGCAUAGGGGAUGGAGGCGGCCCGCUGGUGUGGAAAAACGGUGACACAUGGGUUCAGGUUGGAGUAAUGAGUUUUAUAAGUGCAGCAGGCUGCGGGCUGGCCAACGUCCCAUCAGGCUACACCCGAGUAUCCCAGUACCAGACCUGGAUCACGAGCCACAUCGCCACCAACCCGCCCGGCUUCUCUGGAGCUGCUCAGCUCUCAGCUCCUCUGCUGAUGUCCGUCUCACUGCUGCUCUCCUCACUCUCCGUCCUCUCAUAGGAGGCUCUCUGAGAUGUCUUGUUAUACUUUUGAUUUGAUUAUUUUUGAUUAAAAUGAUUGUUUUUGUCUUCAAAAUCACUCUACACAGGGGCUCUCCAUUGUUAAGCAAGUUGUCUAAACAACAAUCAGUGUGGUUGGCUCUUGUGUAGCUUGUGUACACUAAUCUAACCCAACUGUGUGCUGGCCUACAACAUGGGGGAGCUUCCUGUGGAGGAGGAGCGGCUAUGGCACAAUCUGGAAGCUCUGGGCAUAAAGACUGGUGCCAAUAAGAUAAACCCAGUUUAUAACAUAACUUUGUUUACCAAACCUUAAACAUGCACUAACUGGAAUGCAGGGCAGUAACAAUCAGACAGUUGUCUCUUAAAGUCGACUGAAACACGUGGUAGAAACAGCUAAAGUACAAACAUUGUUUUUCACAGGCUGAUAACAUGAUGAUAACAUGCAAGGCAGUAACAGCCAGAUAUAAACGUCUGUAUCUCAGGGCCGGUGACACGCUGGGAUCAACAUGAGGAACAACUUGUCAUCAAAUUAUGACAGCUUGACUGCGAUGCAUUGAAUACGGGACAUUCAAAUACUGAUCUGGAAUUCUCACAAUUUCUACAGAGCACUUGAACUGACAGUGGCAUUAGCAAAUUGAUUAUAAAUUGAUUAUAAAUUUGAUUGAUAAAUCAAUUCUCAUCACACUGCAAUUGUUUGUAAGUACAAGUCAUCGUCUGCUCCUGUAGUACACUAGUGGUCAAAUGUAAAGACUUUUGGAAAAAUGGUUCAAGAUGUGAAUCUCAAAUUUUAAUGACUGCCAACAGUUCACUUCCUCACACGGGGCUCCAUUUAUGUUGGGCCUUGGAUCACACAAGGCAAAAUUAAGUAAUGUUUAUAAAACAUUAAAAGGGAGAUUAGAUUAAAUUUCAAUAACAAUUGAUGAUUAUCAGGGAUGAUUAUUGAUUAUGUUGAUAAUAUGAUCCAAUUUACAUUCGAUCACCAUAGUGCACCACCCUUGAAGAAGCAAACUACCAAUAACUUGACCUGAGAUCAUAAUAACACCAGUGAACAGUGAACAAACACAUUUAACACAUGUGCAUCACAUCAACCAGAGUUUAAAGUCCUGUGCUCAGCCAUGCUAUGCUAUGCUAUGCUAUGCUAUGCUAUGCUAUGCUAUGCUAUGCUAUCUAAGCCUAGUUCAACGUUACCAGUUCUUGAAGAAAAGGUGCUGGUGGUUGCAGGAGAAGAUUUGGGUUCCAGUGCUGAAUGCUGUUCUUGCUGUCAGGGUUUGAUGAAAGUCGACAGAGAGUCGCUCCUCUCCUUUGCAGGGACAGCAGCAAGGUGCUCACCUGUUCCUCAGAUCCUCAGAUUGGUAGGACCUCAUGUCGCUUCUUUGGGCCUGCUGGAAAUGCAGAAUGCAGCUCUCCACAGCUUGUUGGGCCCAGAAGAAGAGAUCUUGAGAUCCGUGGAGUGGAGAUGGAGUGGAGCACCUGAAGAUCAGACAUUGGGGCAGUUAGGUUAGGAGGCAUCCAGUGAGACGGUGAGAACAAGGAAGGCUCUGUGGUUCUGACCACCUGAUCAGCGGGGGGUCUGUCACCCCGAACAAUAGUAGCUCAAACCUGAAUUUUGCACCUAGGUGUGAAGAAUGGGGAAUUCUGGGACACUGAGUUCAGUUCAGAGUCCAUUUUGAAAUCCACAAUGAAUGACUUCAUCUGUCCCAACAUCACAAAUUAUUAUUGAUAAUCAAAUUUAACCCAAAACUCCCUAUUAAUGUUGGAUGAAGCAAUACUGUAAUGUAAGCAAAAUAAAUGUUUCAUGAAUGUCAGACUUUCA